AUGUUUAAUAUUUCUGCAUUAAAUAUAGAUGAUAUACAUCGUAUAACGUCUGGCCAAGUUAUCAUAGAUUUAACUACAGCUGUGAAAGAACUUUUAGAUAAUAGUAUUGAUGCUGACGCGUCUCAGAUUGAAAUAACAUUUAAGAAUUAUGGUAUUGAGUCUAUUGAAUGCUCGGAUGAUGGCAGUGGUAUAUCACCCAAUAAUUAUGAAAAUCUUGCAUUGAAAAAUUAUACUUCAAAGAUUUCUAAUUUCGAUGAUGUGUCUUCAGUAGUAACGCUUGGAUUUAGAGGUGAGGCAUUAUCAUCUUUAUGUGCAAUUUCUAGUGUAAUUGUCACAACUACAGUGAAUCCUCCUCGAGCUGACAAAUUAGAAUAUGAUUUUAAUGGUAAACUAAAUACAAAAUCAACUACUACGCGGAAUAAAGGUACUUCAGUAUUGGUGACAAAUCUUUUCAAUAAUUUACCAGUUCGUCAAAAAGAAUUCGUUAGAACUUGUAAAAAACAAUUUGCUGCCUGUAUUGGCUUAUUACAAAGUUAUGCAAUUAUUCAAAAAACAAUUAAAUUUUCAGUUUGGCAUAUCACUGGAAAUGGUAAGAAAAAUUUGGUGAUUUCAACUACCAAGAGCCAAGCUAUGAAUAAAAGAAUAUUGAGUAUCUUUGGGUCUAAUGGUAUGCAUGGAUUGUCUGAUAUUGAUAUCAACUUAGAUUUGAAUCCCUUUAAGAAUAGAAUGGUUCGAAAAUUUCAAGAAAAUGCAGUAAAUUUUGAAAAAUUAGAUUAUUGUAUCAGAGUACACGGAUUAAUAUCAAAAAAUUCAUUUGGCUGUGGUAGGAAUUCUAAAGAUAGACAAUUUCUUUAUAUUAAUAGUCGACCAAUUGAAUAUCCCAUUUUAUUAAAAAAUUGUAAUGAAAUUUAUCGAAUGUUUAAUAAUGUUCAAUUUCCUGCUUUAUUUUUAAAUUUCGAAUUGAUGCCUAGUUUAAUUGAUGUAAAUGUGACCCCAGAUAAACGUACAGUUCUUUUACAUUAUGAACAAAUAAUUGUUGAUGUAUUAAGGGAAGAAUUGAUGAAAUAUUUUGAUAAACAAGAACUAGUGUUGCCAAAGAGAGUAGGCGUUGAAAUAAAAGAAUCAAGUAGCAAAAGAAUAAAGUUGAAUGAUGAGAUGAAAAUAAAUGUAAAAAGAGAACUAAAUGAGGUGAACAAAAUAGUUGAAAGGAGGCUAAUGGUUAAUGAUGAGACUGAAGCAGAUCAUUUACAGCAAGAAAAUAUCAAGAACGUUAAAGACGAGUUUUCUGACGUAGACAAUUCGAGGUUAAAUAAUCUAAAAUUAAAUUCAAGAAAUCCUAAAUCAAGCCAAGAACUUAUGUCAGAAUGGAAAGAGAAUAUUACUGAAAGUGAGAGUGAGAGUGAGAAUAAAAGUGAGAGUGAAAAUAAAUGCGUUAGUAGAAGUGAAAAUGAAAGUGAAAAUAAAGAUGAAGGUCAAGAUGAAAGUGAGAAAAAAAGUAAUAAUGAAGUCCCUAAUAAUGUUAAACCAAAUUAUAAUCUUCAAUCAUAUAUCAAUCCUGAUUAUUCAGAAAAAGAAUUUUCUACACAAGAAACACCAAGCAUUAAAAAUGAGAUAUUAACUCUUGAAAUUGAUGAUGACAAAGUUGAAGAACAAGUGAGAAUCACUGACGAUAAAUUAGUAUUUCUUAGUGAUGGAACAACCCCGUGUGACAAAUGUUCAAAUGAAGAAGAAGAAGAUUUACUUGUUGAAUUGUGUAAUGAGGGAGAAGAAGAUGAACAAACGCGAAUACAAAGUCCAAAUCAAGAGAUUAAUGUUAGAACUUCAAAUGAAGCAUUACCAAUACAUCGUUCCAUUCAAGAUGAAACUCUGAAUGAAGAGAGCAUCUAUUGUUGUACAUUAUCUAGGAAUAUAAAGAAGGGACUUAAUGAAUUAUUCGAAGUGAAAUGCAUUUUAGAAAAAUUUAACAAUAAUAAUGAUAACAACGAUUCAAGUAAGAAAAUACAUCAUGGAGGUAUUGAAAGUGAUGAAGAUUAUCUAAGUUUAAGUGUAAAGAAAGAUGAUUUUAAAACGAUGGAGAUUGUAGGUCAAUUUAAUUUAGGGUUUAUUAUUGUAACAAGACAGAUUGAAGACAAAUAUGAUUUAUUUAUUGUUGAUCAGCACGCUAGUGAUGAGAAAUAUAAUUUUGAAAAAUUACAAGAAAAUACUGUUUUUAAGAGUCAACGAUUGAUUGCUCCAAUGAUGCUAGAAUUAAGUGUUAUUGAUGAGAUGAUUGUUAUGGAUAAUAUUGAGAUUUUUAUUAAAAAUGGGUUUAAAAUUGAGAUUGAUGAAGAUGGAGAAAUUGGGAAUAAGAUUCGAUUAAUAAGUUUACCUGUUAGUAAGAAGACGUUAUUUGAUAUAGAAGAUUUGUAUGAAUUGAUAUAUUUAAUAAAAGAGAGCGAUGGGCUGAAUAAGGAUAAUAUUCGAUGUUCCAAAAUAAGGAGUAUGUUUGCAAUGAGAGCAUGUCGAAGUAGUAUUAUGAUUGGGAAACCUUUAACUAUGAAUAGCAUGGUUCGAGUAGUUAGACAUUUGGGAGAAUUAGAUAAGCCAUGGAAUUGUCCACAUGGCCGACCCACUAUGAGACAUUUAAUGGAAUUAAAGGAUGAGAAAAUAUUUAAAGAUGAUUAUGAAAUAUAG